UGUCUGAGGCAAUUAUGCCCAUAAAAAAAAACACAGGAAGAACUACAGCUUGCCUGGAGGACUCAUCCUUAGACAGGAGAGUGAAAUCUAUUGCUCGUAAUCAUUUUCAAAUCACUUAGUUUGUUGUUUUUAAUUCUAGUAAAGUUGGAGUGCAGGAUCAUUAAAGGGUCUGGCAUGUGUUCAUAAACUCGGCCUUUUUUUAAAAAAAGUUGUUUUUUCUUUGUUGAGCAUGGCCUUCUCUUUCUGCUGCUGCUUUCCCUGUGCCACAGAGUCUUCGAGUGAGAGGGAGCCCCUCAAUGCAAAGCAUACAAGACAACAUUAUGAGCACACUAGACAAGAUCUCAACAGCAAAGGAGAGGCUGUCUCCUUUAAAUGGGUCAAUGUGUCUGAGAUAGAUACAAGGUUUGCUGACAUUGCCAAGACUUUCAACAAGAAGCAAGAGGAUUAUUGGGCUAUCCAGGCUGCCAUCCAGGGCCUGAAACAGUCUCAUUCCUGUUCACCAGCGAGUAGCCUUUCUGUGUGCAUAGAGAAAAUACAGCAGGAAAACAAUGAUUGUGGUGUGCAGGUGCAUAUGGAGGGAUACAGGUUUUGGCUGACUGCAAAGAAGACAGAGGUUCCUGAGAAACUGGAACAGGCUGUGCGGCAGGUGGGGGAGCUGAACCGUGCCACCAUAGGAGUCAUCAGUACAGAAAUACAACUCCAGGAAAUGAUAUGCUCAGUGCUCCGGAGGCAGGAUACGAUGAUGGAGAAAGCAAGAGAGGCAAACCCCGAGUACCUUGAUUGGAUCCGGAUACAAGGAAACCUGAGAGAAAAUAUCGAGAAAAUAAGUCUGGUCAAACAGCACUCAAAGAAAUAUGUGGACGAAGCCAAUAAUGUGCUGAGGGAAAUGUCCAAAUCAGCAAACUUGACCUUGUAAAAGCAGUUGAGAAUGAUGUGACCUAUCCCUGUCCCUUUCAUAAAACAAAAAUCAAUUAAGGGACUUGUGGUGGAAAAUCUCUUUGGGUAAUUUUGAUAUCGUGGCUGUAUGGAAAUUAAAACUGAUGCCAAGAGUUUGGGGAGAAGAAGUUGAUAUACUAACUUCAGCAAAACAUCAAAAAGAAAAUCCCAAAGUGUUGCCAUUGCCUACAAAACCACAAUAGAUCUACACUUGAUAGCUUCAUUGUUCAGGAAGUGGCAAGAAUUAAGCAUCACCAGUCAAAGAUAGGGCGCAAUUACCCUUUUGGAUCACAUCUGCCUUUAGCGAUUCAUACAUGCACUGGCGAGGCAGCUUUCAAACCUGUUUUCUAAUUGGCUGGUCUAAAUUGACAAGAGAUAACCAGUCUAAUUUGUCCUAUUUCACUGGGCCAACAUGAAAACUCCACCUUUUAGAACUGUUGUUUUGGAAGAGAGGCUUUUGCUUAUGGGUGGGUGGAGGCUGUCAUCACUCAACCACGGAGUAGAGAUAAGCAGAUUUCCCCACUUCCAUUCCUUCAUCGUUCCAGAAAUGUGUCUGUGCUGUGCUCCAUUCCCUAUUCCCAUUUUAAAUAGGAGGAUUCCUAAGAUUAAUUGUGGAAUUGCAGCCACAUACUUCAUUACAGCGUCCAGUUUGCAUCAUUUCCCCUUCUGCAUUAACAAAGACGGUUGGUUGACAUAGCAUGGGAGCCCCUUGUUAGGAAUGAAGGGGUGAUCUCCCAAACAAAUCACUCCUCUCCGUUUAGGCUCUGAUACGACAGGCCACUCAUUUGCCCGGGAACAAUGGUUCUCCUGUUCUGUAGCUGAAGCAAAUGGAAUUUAAUUGAACAUCUGCACUCCGUUGCAGAAGUUUAACUCUUAUCACAUGAUUUACACUAUAACUACUACUAAGAUACACCCGUAAGUGCGAGACUGCUUGAUAAUAGUUAGCAUGAGAAGUUCACUAACAAAAUAAGUUAUGUUUUGUCAAAGGAUCUUCCUUGUCCUGUAUAUAUCUGCUCACUAGAUGCUGUGAGUUGUUCCAUGAUCUUCUUUACAUCAAAGGUGGCUGGGUUGGGUGAGCUCUCGUUUGUCUGCUGCGAUGUCUCUUGUUUUAUUAGACACCUUCUUGGAUGAGAUCUACAGAAUAACUUCCAUCCUAGCACGACAAGGCAAAAUUUGUUAGGAGAGCUUUGGAAUGACAAUUUUAAGGUGGCGAUUAUUCUGGUUUAUGGUGUUAAAGCCUGGGUUGAUCAUUGAAGUCUGUAUUGCCUUACAUUUGUUUGUAUAUAAUUUGGUGUGUGUGUGUGUGUGUCCUGUUUCUAAAAUAGUGCGGUGAGCUGCUUGGAGAAACAAGAUACAGAUUUUUCUAUAACAAUGAAUAAACGUAUACAGACAAUAUUGA